AUCCCUCCAUCUGCCCGUCGUCUCUUCCUCUUCCUCUUCUUCUUCCUCUCUCGAACUAAAAGCACAAAAUAGAUUAAGCUGCCUUGCGGGGUGGAUUGGAGCUCCAAUAAUCCAAUCAAACAGUGAGGGCGGAUUCAUGGAUAUGGAUAUGGAUGCUUCAGAAAUCAGAGGACGAAGCUGCAAGCUCCAAAACGACGACGAAUUGGACCUCCGCAGAGGCCCUUGGACCGUCGACGAAGACCUCACCCUCAUCAAUUACAUUGCCACUCACGGCGAAGGUCGCUGGAACUCCCUCGCUCGAUCCGCCGGCCUCAAACGAACUGGUAAGAGCUGCAGAUUGAGGUGGCUCAACUAUCUCCGGCCCGAUGUCCGACGUGGAAACAUCACCCUCGAAGAACAGUUCCUGAUUCUCGAUCUUCAUUCUCGCUGGGGAAACAGAUGGUCCAAAAUUGCCCAGUAUUUGCCGGGAAGGACUGACAACGAGAUCAAGAACUACUGGAGAACACGAGUUCAAAAGCACGCCAAGCAGCUCAAAUGUGACGUGAACAGCAAGCAAUUCAAGGACACCAUGCGUUUCCUCUGGAUGCCCAGGCUCGUCGAGCGUAUUCAAGCUUCCGCCGCCGCCGCCGCCGUCUCCGUUUCUCCGCCAGUAUCUACCAUCACCACCACCACUCCUCCCAACGCCGCAUACAAUUACAACAAUUUCGAGUUUGGGGGAGCCUCUCAGGUCACCGGAAGUAACUACACGACAGAGAACAGCAGCGCGGCGGCUUCGUCAGAGUCGUUCGGGUCGACUCAGGUGUCGCCGAUCUCGGACUUGACGGACUAUUACUACGGUGGAGUUCCGGUCGGUAAUAAGUGUAACCCUAAUCCGGAUUACUGCCAAACCGGGGAUUUAAGUUACUCGGAUGGCAUCACCAACUUGGAUAUGCAAGCCGUGGAGGCAAACAACAGCAACCACCAGUAUUGGGCUCAGAGCGGUGGAGGGGACACGUCGGACAAUUUCUGGAAUGUUGAAAACAUGCUGUUUUUACAGCAACAGCUCAGUGACAAUAUGUAAAACGUGAAAACGGAUUAACUCGCCGUUACGUUGCCGUAAACCAAGGCGGUGAAUCUUUACUAUUCAUCCUCUUCACGCCUCAUAUAUUCCUUCGUCCUGACUUGUCCUUAUUCUUUUAGCAGACAAUUUCAAAAGUUACCAUGGAAAAAAAAAAAAGACUGUUACGCGAUUAUUCUGAAA